AUGGGCGAAAUAGCCAUAACGGGAAGCAGCAAGCCAACCGCCAUCUCGCUUCCCAGCUCAGAACAGUUCUGUCUUGACAGUGAACAAGGCGAGACAUAUCAGAUCCAAAUAUCUUGGCCAUUGCAUUGGCAGAAUGGUCGCGCAUCUGAUCACGGGCCACUUCCCAUUAUAUACAUUGUAGAUGGGAAUGCGCUGUUCUUGACUGCAACUGAGACAGCCUGGCGUCGCGCGGCAUCUUCACAUUUCGCUGGCGGGGGCAUCAUUGUUAGCAUCGGAUACCCAUUAACCGGAAAAUUAUACGACGCACGAAGACGUAGUCUAGAUCUGACGCCGCCGACAGCCGCCCCGAUUCCUGGGUAUGGAGGCGCAGACAUAUUCAUAGACUUUAUCGACAAAUGCGUUCGACCCGCGGUCAAAGCCCGAUUCCCCCAUUUGCGUGUGUCCAGAGAAGCGCUCUAUGGACAUUCCUAUGGGGGACUGUUUGCCCUCCACGUAUUGUUUACACGACCUCAUCUAUUCGACUGUUAUUUGGCUGGUAGUCCGUCGAUUUGGUGGAAUAGCCGGUGCAUCUUACACGAAGCAAAGACAUUCAUCGAAGAGAAGGAAAAGCCUAUGGAUGAGAAGACGCCGUCGCUGAUGGUUUUCUGGGGUGCCUUCGAGCAAAACCCGCCUCAGUGGGACAACGAACCGCUCGACCACUAUGAAGGAAGAAAGCAGAUCGCGUCAGAUUUGCGAAUGGCUGGCAAUGCCAUCGAUCUUUGUACGAUACUAAAAGGUAGCAAACGCUUGCGUACCAUCAUAGAUUAUGAGUAUGAUAGUGAGGAACAUACUAGUGUCAUGCCAUGCUCGAUUAGUCGGAGCUUGACCAUGUUCUUUGAAGAUUGGCCCCUGCAUCAAGCAUGGAAGAAGGGCGAGACCAUGGAAACUGCAGCCAUCCGAUAA